CACUCAACAUGUCGGUGUAAAGAUUAAGAAGCGGCUAGCGAGACAGGAUAGCUUGGAAACUGUUUAAAUGUUACUCGUGGCGGAUAAACCACGAAAAUGGCGCUUAUGUCGGAGUUCGAGACGGUUUAGUUGAAGUGUGGGCACCGCUUUUGUCGUGGAUAUUUUUUUUUGUACAACAUUCCGUACUAGCGAGGAAAUGAGGAAGUCGCCCAGCUGCUGGACGACUCGAGCUGGUUAGCUGUUAGCAGGAGUUCUUUGUUUUUUGGAUUCGAGGCGGAGCUUUGGUGUAAACAUGAGCUGAAACUGAGUGUCAUCAAACAUGCCGUCUUCACAGUGAAGAUACUUGUUUAGUGUGUGUGACAUCACCAUAGAACAACAAGAAAGCCAUCGUGGGCGUCAGUUGUAGCGUUUAUUUCAAGAUAUUCUGUUUGGGAAGGGCACUAAACAAAGGGGCUACCCAAAAAAAAAAAAAAUGGGCAACUGUCUGAAGUCGCCAACGUCGGACGACAUCUCUCUGCUUCAUGAGUCCCAGUCUGACAGGGCGAGCGUCGGGGACGGGACGGAUCCAGACCUUGAACCACCUCCCCCUUACCAGGAGCAGGCCCACAUACCCAUGUACCAUCCCACGCCCAGUCAGGCCCGUCUGGCCACCCAGCUGACGGAGGAGGAGCAGAUCCGUAUCGCCCAGCGCAUCGGACUGAUCCAGCACCUGCCCAAGGGCGUGUACGACAGCGGCCAAGAUGGCGCAGAGAAGAAGAUCCGAGAGUGUGUGAUCUGCAUGCUGGACUUUGUGUACGGCGACCCGGUGCGGUUCCUGCCUUGCAUGCACAUCUACCACAUGGACUGCAUAGACGACUGGCUCAUGAGGUCCUUCACCUGCCCGUCCUGCAUGGAGCCCGUCGACGCUGCCCUGCUCUCCACCUACGAGACCAACUGACGCACUCCUCCUUCCCCGUCAGCUCGCCUUACACGUGACCACUGUGGGUUUAGCUUAAAAACAACAAAGAAAAGGUUGGCUGUCGUCUUGCACUUUGAAAAAGAUGUUGUUCGAACACCUCCCAUGUGUUGCUAAGAACGUUUCAGUCAACUAUGUAGCGGAGAUCUGUGUGUGUUUGUGUCUGUAUGUGUGUCCACUUGAGCAGGUCUCAGUGGUCACCUCACUCUUAAAUUAUUCACCCAAAAUCUUAAAGCGUAUCACUAGAGCUCACACUUUAUUAGCAGUUGCCUAAUGCUAUACUUUACAUAUUUAUGCAUCUUGAUUGACUAUUGUGUGUGUGUGUGUGUGUGUGUGCGUGCGUGCGUGCGUGCAUGCGUGCGUGUGUCUGUCUGUCUGUCUGUCAUUCACUGGCAAGAGCCAGUAUGAAUGUUUUUAGUUGGAAUGAACAUGGUGUAUGUAACAUACUUUUAUGUGAAGCCCCCUGGCUCACCUCAUACAUAUUCAAUACAGUAAUCCUCACUAUAUCGCGGUUCACUUAUUGCAGAUUCAGUGCAUUACAGAUUUUUUGGGGGGGGUAAGUACAGUGCAGUUACUCACCUGCACAUCUUUGGUUCAUUUAGCAUUGCUGGCUAAUUGACUAUAAUGUGGCAGCAAUGAUUGACGUAAGAACAAAUGGGUGUCUUUACUUUGGAGACAAAGAAGCCUAAUUGAGCAGUUUCAAAUCAAACAUUUGGUAACCUACCAAGUUGCUUUGUAAUACAGUGAACACUUAGCAAAUGCCCACACUCAUAACAAUAUGGAAGUUCUUGGUUGGGCCAACAAUAUGGAACAAAUGCAAGUAAAGAGGAAUGUUUAGCUUGAUUUUCUCCAACAUUUUAGUUAAAAAGAGCACUGCAAGGAAUUGUGGGAAGCAGCAGCAAGCCCCAUGAUGCUUUGCGCUGCCUACAAUGCAGAGACUGUCAUUAUGAGGCACAUUGUCUGAAAAAAGAAAAUCCGCAAUGCACUGAAUCCGUGAUAGGUGAACCGCGAUAUAGCAAGGGAGCACUGUUACAUAUAGUAUUGUGUAUUAUUAUUAUUAAUUCCAUGAGGGAAAUAAACCGGUAAUAACUGCACUCAAGAAAGUGCGCGCACAGACAUAAAAUACUUAAAUGUGCAUUUGUACUCUAACACUAACCAAAACAGCAGCACCUACUAAGACACUUAAGCAGUCCCUCAAAUGAAUUCAAGUGUGGACAAUUUUGAAAGAAAGAUGAUCUUGCAUUAUGUGGAGACGACGACUUCAGUGUUCCAGUAGACCCUGACACGUGGUCGCUCCACAAUGUUUGUUCCGCUCACUCUCCCUUGAUUAUUUUUCCAUAGUCCUCCUCAUGCUUUUCUGUUAAACUCCACUUUGACUUCACGUAAAAUUGUUUUAAUGUUAUUUCCAAAAUACCUUUUGCCAUCUGCAGUUCAAUAAAUAAACACCGCUACCCCCUACAAAAACUAAAGCAUAAGCAGAGCUUGGAAAGUACACGGGAAAUAUAUUACAUCUUGAGCUUAAAAUGCUGUAUGAUGUAAAAUAAGCAGAAUUUUUAAAAUAGCUGAUGUGUGUGCACGCACAGCAGGAGGUCAGCUAGUGUAAAGGGCUCAGGCGGAUUGUGACAUGCAAUCCACGGAUUUGCACUUUAGAACAGUGUAUAAAAACAUAUCAUUAAUAUAUGUAGACCUUAUAAUAACCUUGCACUAUCAACUUUGUUACUGUUCUCUCAGCCCCGCUUGUGUGCGGACAGAGGUUUGCUCUCGUCCCGUCAAUCUCCGCUUCCUAGAACUACGAAUGAAUGAGUGGCAGUUUGGAUUCACUCGCGUGUCCGCUUGAAAAAAAGAAUCCCGCAUCAUAAUUUUUUGCAUUUCGGAGUACAUAUUUUAUUCUGACAAGAGCUGCAAUGCUGUGUGUACUUACGCCGCCAUUUUGACUUACUGCGCAUGCGCAUACACGCAGUUGUAGCCACAGUUUUACCCGGUCACGUACUCUUUUCCGAGAUGAUAAUCUCUGCGGAACGAGGCAUCUGAUGGCCGUGAGGAGCUUCACGAUUGUUCAUGGUAGACCGCAACCGCAGCAGAUGAAUUGGAUAAAGUUAUGCAAGAUUCAUUUAAAACAUCGUGACAGAUAAUUGAUGAGUGCUAGCCAGCUAACUAGAACUAGCUGGCUUAGUAGUAGCAGAUGUUGCCAGCCAGCAUGGAUUUACGCAUUUUACGGCACCGGCAUAUAAUGGACCACGGCCACCAUGAGGUGAGGGAUCCUGGUUAAAGUAAGCCAUUUUAAACUUAAAAGAAGCGUUUUGGCAACAGCUUUUUUGGGAGGGAAAAGCGGUUGACAAACACGUUGCCUUCUCUGUUGUAGCAACAAAAUCUGCGACAGCCCCCACCCAAAAAAAACAAAUAAUAAACUGCUACCAAGGUCUUCACCAGGGGGCAAUCGAUAGUUUUCAAGUGAUCAAGUUGGAUUUUUAAUUUGUUGGGCAACGUCUUCAUUCUGUAACAGUUCAAGGAGUAACGAUUUGAUUGUGAUUCGCUAAUCAUUCGUUACUGUCAAUGCGUAUAGCGAAUGGGGAUUCCGACGGCGAGUCCGAGCACAACCGGUAACAAUAUAAAAUAUUAUUCAAUGAACCAUGUUUUGGUUACAGCAGGUUAUCAUUCAAAGGGGGUAGCGUGACAUUUUCUUACUUUUACUAUUUUUUUGGGUUGCAUUUAGGGUAGUUGAGACGCAGGAACGCCUCACUGCGCAAACCUCUGUUCAAACCCAAAUUGUGUUAAUUACAAAAAUAGUUUUUAUAUCAUGUUUUUUUUUCCCCCUUUGCAGUGUUGUAAACACAAUCUGAACGUGGUGUUUCCUGUAAUCCUGUUUUAUUUCUUAUGUUUGUGUUUGUUUGUUGGAACAAGGGCAAACUAGCCCUUGUGUGUAAAGAAGAAAAUACAAUAAAUUUGGAAAGACCUUC